GCUUCCGUCGCCCAAGGUCCUCCUAGUCCUGUCGACGAUGUCGGCGUCCUUCUCGCACCCUCCGUUUGUGUAUACGACCUCAUACCCAUACGGAGUCGGUGUCUGCGCUGUUCAAUGCGCGUCUGAGUCAGCGGCCAUGCCUUUUGAGCGUCUGGAUGGUGUUGGUGUUCGUGUUCGUGUUCACAACCUCGAGGUCGGCGCAAUCGCCCGCAAUGAAGACUCAGCCCCUUACACCUCCUGGGACCUUUUACACGAUUGUGCUUCGUAUGGCACGUGUCCUUCGCUUUCGCCAGCCCACCUUCCCGCGCGGUUCGGAGACCGGCCCGUAGCUAGAUCCUUCCUAUUGGGAGACAUCCACGGCGAAGGACUCAAUGGAGAGCAGGGGGUGUAGUGGAGGAAGUGGCGUGGCUACAGUAGCAGGGUGCACGGAAUCAUAGCGGUGAUGUCGUGCACGGAGGUGAGCGGGGCGACCCAGAAUCGCAGUAGUAGUAGACAUAAUGUAGUAGCUUAGCCUUCAUUGAAAUGCAAUGAUAUUUCUGUU